AAGAUCUUCUUCUCUAACAAAUCGACUUGAAUUUUGAUAAUUUAAGUGAGAAGGAAGAUGCGUUCUUUGCAGUUUUGUUGUUUUCUUCUGAUCAUUGGUUGUUUGGUUUCACAGAUUUACGCUUCUUCUGAUGCUGCUACUGCUGCUAUAUUGUACGACAAGUUCUUCUUUGAGGGUAGUUGGAUCGUCUCUGAGAAGAAAGGAGAUCAUCAUUCUGGAAGCAGAGGUGAUAUCAAGGAGACAAAACAACUAACAAGACAAAAUAAUCUCCGUAAAACAGCGUAUUGCUGCGAGGUAGAUUGGGGCACCUUUGAAUGUUGGGAGUUAGAAUUUCUUUGUCAGAAACGCUGCGAAGAGGUAGAUGAGACAUGUAGGGUGGUGUGAAUGCUAGGUUGACGCGAGGCCAACAACAAUAAAAGAAUAACGUAGAAUGAACUGUUGUUUUCCUUUUUAUGUAAAUUCCACCCGUUAUGUUAUGUUUAGGGUGUUGGUUGUGUGGUUAAUUGCGUUAGCAGGUUAAUGUUAUGCUGUUAAAUAAAUAAAAGCAAAAUAGUCAAA